CUAUUUCAGAUUUUACAUUUUCUCUGUCCUUCUACAUUUCAUAAAAUUUCCAUCGUCCUCCUUUUCUCCAGUCGCCGUCGUCUCCGUCAAACGAAAACCCUCGUUCCAAUUUGGCGCUCCAAUCUCCCACAAUCACUGCAGAGCAGCCGACCGAACCCUAGGGGUCUCGAAGAGCGCGCGGAGAGAGGAAGAGAGGAAUUGAGAAGAGAAGCCAUCGGAUCGUCAAUGGUGGGUCAACUGCGGAGUUGAAACUGGGACAUAGAUUGGAGUUGAGGCUUGUGUUUGAUGCUCCAAUGGGUGCCGCAGGCUCGAAACUGGAGAAAGCUCUCGGUGACCAGUUCCCUGAAGGCGAGCGCUACUUCGGCCUAGAGAAUUUCGGAAACACUUGCUAUUGUAACAGCGUCUUGCAGGCCCUUUAUUUCUGUGUUCCAUUUCGCGAACAGUUGCUGGAAUAUUAUGCAAAUAACAAAAAUCCUGGAGAUGCAGAGGAAAAUCUUUUGACAUGUUUAGCUGAUUUGUUUACUCAGAUAAGUUCUCAAAAGAAGAAAACUGGUGUCAUUGCCCCAAAGCGGUUUGUACAGAGAUUGAAGAAGCAAAACGAACUUUUUCGCAGCUAUAUGCACCAGGAUGCCCAUGAAUUUUUGAACUUUCUGCUGAAUGAACUUGUCGACAUACUGGAGAAAGAAGCCCAAUCUGCAAAAAGUGAUCCUGAAACUUCAUCACCGGCUGACAAGAUUGCAAAUGGGCCAAAGAAUACUCUGGCCAAUGGUAUUCAGAAAGAGCCUUUAGUUACUUGGGUGCACAAAAAUUUCCAGGGAAUUCUCACCAAUGAGACAAGGUGCUUGCGUUGUGAGACAGUAACUGCUAGGGAUGAAACCUUUUUUGACUUGAGCCUUGAUAUUGAGCAGAACAGCUCAAUCACUAGCUGUCUGAAAAAUUUUAGUUCCACGGAGACUUUGAAUGCCGAGGACAAGUUCUUCUGUGACAAGUGCUGCAGUCUACAAGAAGCUCAGAAGAGGAUGAAAAUAAAAAAACCACCUCACAUCCUGGUCAUCCAUCUGAAGCGAUUCAAGUACAUUGAGCAGUUGGGUCGGUACAAGAAGCUUUCUUAUAGGGUUGUCUUUCCACUGGAGCUGAAGCUGAGCAAUACGGUGGAGGAUACUGAUUCCGAGUAUUCGCUCUUUGCCGUAGUCGUCCAUGUUGGAAGUGGGCCUAACCAUGGACACUAUGUCAGCCUCGUGAAGAGUCAUAAUCACUGGUUAUUUUUCGACGAUGAGAAUGUGGAGAUAAUUGAGGAGUCUGCUGUGCAGACAUUCUUUGGAUCAGCUCAAGAGUAUUCCAGUAACACAGAUCACGGAUACAUCUUGUUUUAUGAAAGCCUGGCUACAAAUAACAAGAGCUAAGAGAUGUGGGGGAAUCUGCUUCCACAUCAACAUGGGAAUCCAGACAGACGAGCGGAGCGAGCUCCGAGGUAGAGGAGAUUUUGGUACUGGCCUAGUUUCAGGGUAAGUGGUUGAAUUGAGAGAUAUGUAUGUGUAAUCCUAAGAUGUUUUAUGAAAUUUUUGGGAUGUACAUGUAUAUAUUUAUGGAAACAGUAGAACUCUAGUAUUGUAUAUGAGGUUAAGGUAUAUUAUGUUUUUCGCUGCAUAGAUAGUAUGUAUUUAUGAGAGAUAUAUCCCCGAUACCCCACUUUAGAUCCGGGUU